AGCCCAGCACAACCCUCUCCGUCAAUACUACCAGACAUCACCGUCGCAUUCACAAUGGCAUUCGCUUGGAAGACCGCCGGCAUUUCGUACAACCGCUACAUCGCGGUCGCUUCCCGCGUCGUUCGCCGCUCCCUCAAGGAGGACAAGAGAAUCGCUGCCGAGCGUCGCGGCGAGUCGGAGAUCAGGUUCGCCAAGUGGGAGAACGGCAAGCAGGGCGACAACAAGCCUUUGGUCAGCGCGAACCAGCCUGCCUCCGAGGCCACUGCUUAAGCGCAGGACUGCGAGUUUGGAAACUAGCGAUGGAAUUAUUGGAAGGAGCACAUAGUGCAGCGAGCCCAGCUGCGGCUGGGCGGGCAAUUGUACAUUUCGUCUGAUGGGGCAGACAAUUGCGUAGAAGCGAAUGCUCAAUGACAACUCCGUCGCCGCAACC